AUGGGGCUGUGGUGGGUCACAGUGCAGCCUCCAGCCAGGAGGAUGGGGUGGCUGCCACUCCUGCUGCUUCUGAUACGGUUCUCAGGGGCCCCUGGGCAGCGCUCGCCCUUGAAUGACUUCCAGGUGCUGCGAGGUACGGAGCUGCAACACCUGCUACAUUCAGGGGGGCCCAGGCCUUGGCAAGAAGAUGUGGCAAAUGCUGAGGAGUGUGCAGGCCGCUGUGGGCCCCUCCUGGACUGCAGGGCCUUCCACUACAACUUGAGCAGCCAUGGUUGCCAGUUGCUGCCAUGGACCCAGCACUCACCUCAUACACGACUGCAGCGUUCCGGGCGCUGUGACCUCUUCCAAAAGAAAAACUAUGUUCGCACCUGCAUCGUGGACACCGGGGUCGAGUACCGGGGCACUGUGGCCAUCACCGUGGGUGGCCUACCCUGCCAGCACUGGAGCCAGAGGUUUCCCAAUGACCACAAGUUCACACCCACACUCCGGAACGGCUUGGAGGAAAACUUCUGCCGCAACCCGGACAGGGACCCGGGAGGUCCCUGGUGCUAUACAACCGACCCUGCCGUGCGCUUCCAGAGCUGCGGCAUAAAGUCCUGCCGGGAGGCCGCUUGCCUUUGGUGCAAUGGUGAGGAUUACCGCGGCUCAGUGGACAGCACCGAGUCAGGACGCGAAUGUCAACGCUGGGACCUGCAGCACCCGCACCCACACCCCUUCGAGCCGAGCAAGUUUCUGGACAAAAAUCUGGACGACAACUAUUGCCGGAAUCCGGACGGCUCGGAGCGGCCCUGGUGCUACACCACAGACCCGCAGAUGGAGAGAGAGUUCUGCGACCUCCCCCGCUGCGGGUUCGAGGCACAGCCGAGCCAGGAAGCCACGACGCUCAACUGCUUCCGCGGGAAAGGCGAAGGCUACCGGGGCACAGCCAACACCACCGCCGCGGGCGUGCCCUGCCAGCGUUGGGAUGCACAGCUCCCACAUCAGCACCGCUUUGCGCCGGAAAAGUAUGCGUGCAAGGACCUUCGGGAGAACUUCUGUCGAAACCCCGACGGAUCGGAGGCGCCCUGGUGCUUCACAUCGCGGCCUGGCAUGCGCAUGGCCUUCUGUUACCAGAUCCGGCGCUGCACCGACGACGUGCGGCCCGAGGACUGCUACCAUGGCGCAGGGGAACUGUACCGCGGCUCUGUUAGCAAAACCCGAAAGGGCAUCCGGUGUCAGAACUGGUCGGCUGAGAUGCCACACAAGCCGCAGUUCAAGCACACUUCUGCCCCACACGCGCCCCUAGAGGAAAAUUUCUGCCGGAACCCAGACGGGGAUAGUCACGGGCCCUGGUGCUACACCACGGACCCGGGUACUCCAUUCGACUACUGUGCGCUGCGGCGCUGUGAUGAUGACCAACAGCCGUCCAUCCUGGAGACUGCACACCAGGUGCUGUUUGAUAAAUGUGGCAAGAGAGUGACGCGAGUGGACCCGUUGCGCUCCAAGCUGCGUGUGGUCGGGGGCCAGCCUGGGAACUCACCCUGGACAGUCAGCUUGCGCAACCGGCAGGGCCAGCACUUCUGCGGAGGCUCCCUAGUGAAGGAGCAGUGGGUUCUGACUGCCCGGCAGUGUUUCUCCUCCUGCCAUACAUCUCUCGUGGGCUAUGAGGUGUGGCUGGGCACCCUGUUCCAGGACCCACAGCCCGGGGAGCCAGACCUGCAGCGCAUCCCAAUGGCCAAGAUGGUCUGCGGGCCCUCUGGUUCCCAGCUUGUUCUGCUCAAGUUGGAGAGACCCGUGAUCCUGAACCAGCGUGUGGCCCUGAUCUGCCUGCCCCCUGAGCGGUAUGUGGUGCCUCCAGGCACCAGGUGUGAGAUUGCAGGCUGGGGUGAGACCAAAGGUACAGGGGACGACACAGUCCUGAACAUAGCCCUCCUGAAUGUCAUCUCCAACCAGGAAUGUAAUGUCAAGCAUCGAGGACGCGUACGGGAGAGUGAGAUGUGCACUGCAGGACUGCUGGCCCCUGUGGGAGCCUGUGAGGGUGACUACGGGGGCCCACUUGCCUGCUUUACUCAUGACUGCUGGGUCCUGCAGGGAAUUAUAAUCCCCAACCGAGUGUGUGCACGGCCCCGCUGGCCAGCCGUCUUCAUGCGUGUCUCUGUGUUUGUGGACUGGAUUCACAAGGUCAUGAGGCUGGGCUAGUCCCAGCCUCAAUCCUGUGUGCCUUGGCAAGCCUGAAGCUUUCUGUCCGACAUAAAGCCACCUUUCCUCUUGA